ACUCCAUUUUGCAUUUCUCUUUUGUCGAAAAAUCUCUCUUUUGUUCUGUGCCAAAACAAAUCGUCGGAAUAUUAUUCGCCGCGUUCAUUCCAAAGACUAAACCUGUAGCUGUGUUUCUUGUGUUCCUUUCUUGUUAUUGAGUUGUUCCGAUUCAUUUGGUUACCGUGAAUCUUUCUUCUCGAUCAACGCAAAAGGAUACGACAGAACAAUGGGCGAACAACAGCAGUACUUUCUGAAGUGGAAUGACUUCCAGACGAAUAUGGUGACGUCGUUCCGCCACUUGCGCAACGAGAAGAGCUUCACAGAUGUAACACUCGCCUGCGAAGGACAGACGUGCAAAGCCCACAAGAUGGUUCUCUCCGCCUGUAGUCCAUAUUUCAAAUCUUUGUUAGAGGAAAAUCCAUCAAAACACCCCAUCAUUAUUCUGAAAGACGUGUCCUACAACCAUCUGCAGGCGAUCCUUGAAUUUAUGUAUGCCGGCGAGGUAAACGUGUCGCAGGAGCAACUACCAACGUUUCUAAAAACCGCCGACCGACUGAAAGUGAAGGGUUUGGCGGAAACGCCGACAAAUAUCAAGCGAGAGGGUUGAUUUGAUGGGCGCGCUUUUUGAACCAUCCUUUUUUUUCUUCCUUUUUUAUUAUCAAAAAACUCUUUUAUAUAUACAGAUAUAUAUAUAUAUACACCUACACAAGACCGAUACAUAGCUAUUAGUAGUGAGAAAACGAAAGCAAAGGAGAGGCAAAAUAGUGCGUAUAUAUAUAUACAUACAUAUUAUACAUGCUUCUGGCAAUGGUGAUGCCGAAGAUCAUCCUGGUGCAGAACGUUGAAGGGCAAUGUUUUUUUUCUCGUCUUUUUAUAUCCACCCAGAGGGGUUGAAGCAGAAUGAUGUUAACUAAAAGAAGGCGCGCAUGCUGCUAGAGCGGCUGUCUGCAGCAUAUUAAAUAUAGGACGAACUGUUAACGAGCGUUGAUCAGUUAAGAGACGAGGGAAAGCAGCGAUGAGAACGCGCAAUUAUUAGGACGAUAGCGAAAAUAAAACAUAAUUAACCGGCCCUCCUUCCCGAGGGCGACGACAUGGAAUGAGACAGUUGGGUUGGAGUUUGGGGAGACGCGAAAAUCUGGAAAGCAUCGUUAGAGUACUGUGUUAGAGAACUACGAUUAAGCGAACGGGAAGUGCGGAUGGGUAAGAAAAGACACAGAUGUAACAAGCCACGCGACCAUACACGAGAUAGCCGCUUAGAUUGAUAAAGGUGAUUGGAACUAUUUACCCUAGUUAACGGAAGGAAGUGCAACAGGAUGCAGGUUCCGCCGACAACAGGAGGCAAUAUCCAUAUGAUGAAGAUGAGAACAGCCGGCGAACAGUUAGUAAUAUACAAUAGGGAUCACCACGUUCGUUAACCAGCAAAAUUAAGCAGCUAUUGGGAAAUUAAAUGAGCCGUACUGUGUGCGCGUGUAAUACGUUUAUUCGCGUUGUUGAAGGAAAACGACCGUAUGCACAGGAUAACAGUUUAACCGACAAAAUGAUUGAAAUACGCAUACCGGCGUAAAGUGGACUAGGCGUUGUUAUUAUCAGUUUUUAAUUUCCCGCUUUCCAUUUAACACACACACACACUGGGGAUGCAAAGGUUUGAGAAGAGCAAGAGAAACGAAAUUUCCCUCUUACGCGCAGAUCUGAUAAGCCUUUCUUUUUGCCAGUUUAUCAACCAGUAUGUCUUCGGUGGUCGAACAGAAAUUUCGUUUCAACCAAGCUUGCCUUCGGCCCAUAAGCCUGGGCCUAGCCCGAGCUUCUUACCCGGUUCCGGAAGGGGACGAUGAAGCUUCGCGCAAGCAUGCGAUAAAAUAUACAUGGCGUGAAAGUCGAAAUGUUACGAUUAAAAACCACCCUAUAAUUACCAUUGAUUCCAAAUGACAACAGUUUCCAAAAUCUAGGCUUUGUUCAUUUAUGUUUGCUAGCCAAAAGUUAAUUGGAUUUUUCGGAAGCAAUUAUACUAGUAGUUAUGUAGUACCGAAAGUCGAUAUUACCACACCGUGGAAAGCGAAGAGCGUAACGCGCUAUGUCGCGUUCGGCAGGGAGAUGCGUUUAUUGGCAUUGUGGUGGUCUAUUUCCGCUGACCGUAGAAUCUUCCGCACUGCGUUACCUAUCGUUUUCUUCAAGCAAAUCAUUCAACUCCGUAUCACCCAACAACAAAACCCGUAUUUUUUUAUAGUUUUAAAUAAAUCUGCCGCUAGGAGGCAUAUAAAGUAAAGUAAUAUCAGCGAGACCAACCGUAAGCACUAUUUCGUUUGCCGCACGGGACAACAGAAGGUCCUUUGGUUUCCUUUUUUUCUGAUCGUUUUCCACAAGAUGGGAUGUAUAUAGUAUCCGACCGUAAAGCAUGCGGUUAACAUUGACUGCCGCGUUUAAGGAACAAAUGCGGAGUGAACACUAUCCAAUUCACGCUGAGAAGGCUAAACUAGGACCCCGAGGUGCAGAUAAAUAGCAAAUGAAGAGUGUGCAGCAGCACACGGCAAAAUCGCAGAACGAAUGCAACUGUGUGUAAGGUAGUUUGAAGGAAGGAAGUUUUCUGCGUUCAUCUUAUAGGACAUGUUCUACGUUUGACUUCCUCUUUGGUUUGCAAUGCGAAUAGCAACCUAAACCGAUCACCCCGUCUCCGUGCUUUGGCGGGCCAAAUGUUUAGUUCGGGCUUUUCGUUGAACAAAAAAAAAUAUCAGAAAAUACUGUCGCUACCACCACACCUCUUAUUACGUUCUUUGUUAGCACUAUACUAAUUCUUGAGACGCGAAUACAUUUUGUAGGAAG